UGUCGGGUACGGCAUUUGAAGUGUGACCGCAAGAAGCCAAAAUGCUCGCGUUGCCUCAAGGACGAUGUCGAAUGCGUGAGUCGGGUCGAGCUACCUAAGCCACCCCAGAAGAAGGCAAGACUUGCCAAUCCAUCAAAGCAUCAACCCAGAUUUCCUACCGAUCAGCCAUGGUUUAUGGUUGAGAAGGAACUGGUAUUCGUUCAUGAAGACAAGUCAACGAUCUUUGGCAACGACCAAAUACUGGACUUUGAAAUAAGCACGAACAAUCCGACAGUAGAAUCUUCCAACUCCAAUCGCACAUCACAUUCUGGAAGCACCUCCACUGAGAUACACAAUGAAGUCUCAGGCCACACCCAGACUCCAGGAGAGCACGUCAAGUCUGCUAGGAACCUUGGCCAAUCUCAAGCAUCAAUCCGAUUCGAGACGCUUAUAGAGGUAGCUACCGAGUGCAGGGCUGGGGACUCUCGUAGUGCUCCAGGAGACCCAAUGACGGAAGCCACGACAGACACUAAUAUUACAUCGUCGACGGCUGUUACCUCACCGGUGUUUGAAUUCGCACUGAGUGGCAGAGGGUCACCAGCCAACACCUCUUUGCAACAAACCCAGCUAUCCGACCGCAAUGAUGCUUUAUUGCCACACGACUUCCGAGCCUUUGGAUCGUCCAGAGAUUCUCCCAGAGCUCGCAUCACCAUGAUCUCCCCUGAAGCGGCAUUUUCUCUACCCACGACGCCUAUACUGUCUGCACACGAAGCCCGGUUGAUGCAGCACUUCAUCGAGCAUCUAGCUCCAAGUAUAGACGUAGUGUGUUCAUCACAAAUUUUUGGACGACUGGUUCCUCGCAUGGCCUUUCUGUCGCCGAUUUUGCUGACGUCAAUAUUUGCGGUCUCCUCCAAGCAUAUAUCGAAGACGAUAGAGAUGACCGAUCCGACGGCAGAAACCUACUUUCAAGAGACAUUGGACCACCUCAUACCGGUAUUGAAUGAGCCUGACGCGCUGGUUGAGGACUACAUCCUAGCUGCCGUAGUGAUUCUCAGGGUCAUGGAGGAGAUGGACAUCUCGCUCUCUGGAUAUGAUCAGCAAAGCCAUCUGCCUGCCAUACAUGCCCUAAUCAGCGCGCAGGAAAGAAUUGCUACACGAGGAGGCCUGCGACAUGCGGCUUGGUGGGUUGGUUUUCGUCAAGAAAUGGUUGUGGCAUUCAUCAACCAGAGACCCAUAGUACCUGUGCUGGAACACUGCAACCUGGACCGCUCCUUCUCGACAGCUGAUGACUGUACGUGGACCAACAGGAUUAUUGUUCACUGUGCAGAUGUCAUCAACCAUUGUUUCCAGAAUGGAUCACUCGACCAAACGACAUAUCAAGCCCUUCGCGAUUAUGGGGAAGCGUGGAUGGCUCACAAGCCUCGGACUUUCAGUCCUAUCUUUCAGUGUCAGCCGUCCGGGUUGAGAGGUAAUCUGUUCACAAAGACCUGGUACACUAGCGAUACCAUCGCAAAGGGUAUACAGCAUUAUCAUCUGUCGAAAAUCCUGCUCAUCGCUCACGACCCAAACAUACCAAGACUCGGCUUGCAAAGGAAGGCAUUCGAGCAGACUGUCGAUGACCAACUCAGAUCUCAUGCAAGAAUCCUUUGCGGCAUCGCGCAAGGUGGUAGCAAAACGGCAGCCAUCUGGGUUACGACUUGUAUGGGUAUAUCAUGGUGUGGAGAUCGAUUUACUGAUCGUGUAGAGCAAGAAGAACUGCUUGAGAUACUCAGGUAUACCGACAAAAAACAUGCCCGCCAUACUCUGUCUACGCAGAAGCAUCUUAUACAAGCAUGGAAUUGGCCAACAGACCCCUGA